AUGGCAAGCUCAAAGAAACCCUCGCUGCUGAAGAGGAUCAACGACAAGCUGGGGUUGAAGAUCAAUCUCCCUACCCUAUUGUUGAUGUUCAAAGGAGCUGUGGCACCUACCAUUGGCAUCGCCAUAUAUCAAGAUGAUCGCGUCGCAGACCACUACUCAACAAUCGGCUACCUCAUCCCUAUCAUGUCACUCUUCGUCGUACCCAUCUUACCCCGAGCCAGGUUUUUGCAGAAUUUCUUCGUCACUUGUCUCCUGACUUGCCUCGCAGCGGCAAUAUCCCUUCUCUACAUGUGGACUGCUAUCAAAGCUCGACAAAACACGACCCAUUUGUCGGCGGAGCAGCGGAGCAAUGGACCUGUUCCAGGAGCCGAAGUUGUGCCCUACAACGCAGCGGCAAGCGCAUGUCUUGCUGUGUGGUUCUUCUUUUGGCUUUGGGCUUACAACACGUUUCGCGCUUUUCGACCGCAAUAUUUUCUGCCUCUGAUUGUGUUUGGUAUAUUUAUCAACAUCACGGCUGUAUACGGUACCAUCUUCCCGGAGAUGGAACAGGUAUAUUCUCUAAUAAAGCGACUCCUCGACACCUUCUUUGUCGGAUUCGGGCUGGCAUUCGCUGUCCACUUUGUGGUGCUACCUAUCACAUCACGAGAUCUAGCAACACUGAUCCUGACUGAGUACCUCCACGUCCUCAAAGGCGUCAUCGAUGCCAAAGCAGCACUACUGAUCUCUUUACCUUCUCGUGACUGGAACAAUGCGAGCACGACGAGCAGCUUGGAGAGCGACAGUGACGGGAACGACCCCAAUGAACGGUUAACCUCCUGGCCCGAGGCUGAAAAGUGGAGAGCACUCACUGCGGCGGCGACCGAAUGCCAGGUCAAGAUUCAGUCAGAGAUGCGUUAUGUCAAACGGGAGGUCACUUUUGGGAAAUUAUCUGGCAAGGAUUUCUCGAGUAUCACCAAACUGCUGAGGAAUGUUUUGAUCCCGACUGCCGGCUUAGAGACGGUAAUUCAGGUGAACGACCGAGUUGAAAAACAAGGUGGAUGGACGUCAAUCAAGACCAGCAAGGACGGUUCCAACUCCGAAGUUUCGGAUCGAGCUUUGAAUGACGUGGAGAAAGAGCGCUGGAGUGCGUUAUUUGGCCAGAUCGAUGGGGCCUUCAAACUAUUGUGGCAGGCAAUGAUCGAGGGACUCGACUACGCAUUCCUCACGCUGCAAAUCACCAAGAAGCCAGCAUUUUCGACCAAAGCUGAUCUUGAGGCGAGAGCAGCCGAGUUUCCAGAGGGCAAAGGCUUUGCAAAGUACCUCGAAAAGACAAUCAACAACUUUUUGGCCGAACGAGAGGGGCCUCUGAAAGAGUGGUGUCACACGAACGAAACCGUUGAGACUACGGGCCAGUCGACCAGUCGGGCUUCGCAUAAGCGACAUACAUCCCAACUAUACCUUCUGCUUGAUCUCGAAUACUGCGUUGUGACAACGGCAAUGGGGAUCCUUGACCUGGUCCGGUUCGCCGAUUCCAAGGUCGAAGAUGGCACCAUGAGGAAAAGACGGCUGUUGUCCCCGACCGCGAAGCAGUGGAAGAAGUGGGCAUGGGCAAUCAUCAGCCGGGAAGACAGCAAUCUGGAUUACACGGCAUACAGCUACCGAAGCGGUACCCCGACAGUUUAUCUGGGAGAUGCUCUCGGGAUCAACCGAGAUCCUGAGCACCUUCCGCCGGUGACGUGGUGGGAGAAGGUGACUGAUUACUUCCGCCUCAUUCCAAGGCUUUUCGGCUCCAAGGAAUCCUGGUUCGGCUUCAAGGUCGCCGUGGGGACCAUGAUUAUCGCGGUCACAGCCUUCCUGCGCAACUCGCAGCAGUUUUAUAUCAAGCAGCGUAUCAUCUGGGGCGCCAUUAUGGUUGCCAUCAGCAUGACCCAAACCGCCGGAUCCGGCAUGUAUGGACAAUUUGUGAGGAUUUUCGGCACGUUCUUGGCCAUGGUCCUCUCCUAUAUUGACUGGUAUAUCGUGGACGGCGACACAGCGGGCGUCAUUGUCUUUCUGGGCCUCACCAUCUUCCUCUAUCACUAUCUUAUGGUCACGAAACCGAACGACCCCGUCAUCCCCAUGAUCGGCAUGAUCACGACUGUGUUGAUCGUGGGAUACGAGCUUCAAGUCAAGCAAGUUGGCCUCGCCAUUUCCGAAUCAAACGGUCAAGUUUUCCAUCCGGUGUACGAGCUCGCGCCUUACCGGCUUGCAUGCGUGCUCGGCGGCGUGGGCGUCGCGUGUUUACUGACAUAUUUCCCUAGCGUAACCACCGCGAGAAGUGAGAUGCGGAGGGACUUGGGAAAUACGUUGUAUUUACUCGGUCAAUACUACAGCUCCUCGCACAAGGCGGUCUCGCUGCGCCUGAAGGGGCUGGAAGGAGACGUCAAGGACGAGAGAAGCCCUCUUCGGAGGCUGGAGAAAGCCCGCACCAAGCUCUUUGCGAAGAACUUGAUUCUCAUCCAGGCGAUGAAGAAUCAUCUGCGGUUCAUCAGAUGGGAACCUACUUUUGGCGGCAGAUUUCCCAAGGAGAUCUAUGAAAGGAUGCUCGCCCACACAGAAAACAUCCUUCGCUUUACGGCGAUGAUCGCAUGGACCACGAAAACCUUCAAGGAAAUUCCCGAAGCGGUCGGCCACCUUGAAGCGCCCAACACCAUCGUCGCCACCAACGAGACCGGCACCUGGCUCAAGGAUUUUACACAGCUGAUCUCGUCAUUGGAACUGACUUCGCAUAGUGUCACGUCGCUGCUCGCUAUCCUCUCGGGCUCCAUCGGAUCCGGCAAGCCCCUUCCCCCGUACCUGCGGUCACCGGAGCGGUUCCACAUCGACGAGAUGCUGUCGUCGCUCGACUCGAGCAUCCUGGACACCAAGCACAUCUGUGAGCCGGGCUACUCGGCCUUCGCCGUCAUGCAGGUCUGCACCACCAUGCUCAACGAGGACCUGGCAGACCUGCUGGCCGAGACGAGGAGACUGGUUGGCGAAGCCGAGUUCAACCUGGACGUGGUGCAGGAAGACUACGAGCGCAAUGUCGGCACGCUCCCGCGCGAGAUUCGGGAGAAGGCGGAUUGA